GCGCGACGAGUGGUAGUGGCGACGACCCGCUGCUGGGCUUAGCGCCGCUGGUCCUCCACAUGAAGCAGGGGGGCCCUGUGGUGAUGUCCUACAGGUUCCCUGGGCUCGGCGUGCGUGGGGCCAACCGCCGCAGGUUUGCGGCACUGGGGGCCUUCUUGAUGGGGCUGGCGGACCCGUGGGUGGUGCUCGCCGACUGGAAUCUUUCGCCCAAUGAGAUGGCGGCGACGUCCUUGCCCGGCAAGGUCGGGGGAGAGCUCAUGCUCCCUCGGGGCACGGAGGCCACCUGCUUCAAGGGCAGCAGCAGCCUCAUCGACUUCGGAUUGGUCUCCGGGGGGCUUUCGAGCCAGUUCGAAUUGACCGCGGUCCUGGACGUGCCGUGGCGGGUCCACUGCGGGCUCAGCCUGCAGAUCAAGCAAGGCCAAUGCGCGGCGGACCCCGACAGCAAGUCGUCGAAGUGCAAGGCCGUGAGCCUGGCGCGGAAGCGUGGCAGGCUGCCUGGUGGCCUGCAGGGGGCGUUCGUUGACAUGCAGCAGGCUGCGGAGGUGGAGCAGCUGAGCCUCCUCGAAGAGGAGGCGGCCGCCGCGGCAGCGCCAGCAUUGGAGACGCUGGCGGACCACGACGACGAAGGCCCUGGGGAUGAUUUCUUCGGGGAGGGGGAAAUGUCCAGCGCUGGUGUGGUGACGUUAACCCGGCCAGAAGCGUGGCAGGUGGACUUGCCAGGUGAACGGGGUCGCGACGAGGGGCAGCAGGACGACGGGGUGGUGGUCAUCGAGCUGGCUUCGCGGCACGAGGCCAAGAGUGCAGAGGUCGAGCUGGGGUUCUUCGUCUCAGCCAAGGCGGAAUGGGUCAGCCGCAUGUACGCGGAAUGGGUCUCCAAGCUGGAUGUGGUUCUGCUGGACGCCAACGGGUGCCGCGAUGCGGCGGCGCGGCGGCCGUACUGCGGGUGGGCCAGCGGCUACGACUUCAGGAGCGUCAGGCUGCGGGCUGCACCUGGACGUACCCACCUCAAGCACCAGGCGUCGGAGCACUGGAGCGUCACCCUUGCGCUCCUGCGGCAGCUGGCGCUGCUGCGCGGUAGCGGCAAGCAUCUCAACCGCGGGGUCAGUGCGGAGGUGCACGAGGCCUGGGCCCUGAUGAUGAGGGGUGCGGGCGAGAUCCCCUCGAACGAGCUGGAGGUGAUGGUGGGGGUUACCGAGCGCUUGUUCUCCGCCAGCCAGGCCCGCUCGCUGGCGAAGAACCGCCGCGAUUUCGGGGCUUGGGCUCGAAAGGUGUGGAAGCAGAGCCCAGGCUUCAUCCAUCGGCACGUUCGCAGCCCUGGUCCUGAGACGUCGGAGCUGGUGGUGGACGGUGGCGUCAUCGCAGAGCCUGGUCAGGUCAUGUCGAGGAAGGCGCAGCACUGGGGCGGCCUCUGGCGCGCUCCAGCCGACUCCUGGGGCGAUCUGAUGGCAG